AUUUCAAACCCUCGAUCGUUGUACAUGAUGGCCGCGCCGUUGUCUCCGCGAGGCAAGGACAAGAAGGAAAAGAACGGCUUGUGGACGUUCGAGGAAGAGGUGAUCAUGCUCAAUGCGUAUCUGAGUGCGAUCAAAAAGUCCACGAACAUGACGAAUAUGGAGAAGCGAAAGUGCUGGGAUGCUGUCACGCAGACAUGCCAAGCGCACGGAUGCGCGUGGGACAAGGACCAAAUCUACUUCAAGUACAGCCGCAUCCUGUACGACUUUGGCUUGUGGAACUUUGUGCGCAAGUGUCGCGGGGCGAUCGUCGACCCUAUCACGGGGUUCAUCACGUUGUCGGACGACGGAUGGGAGUUUGCGAUCGAGAAGAAGCCCAAAUGCAUCAAAUUUCGCACCAAGGGGUUUGUGCACCGGGAAGUGAUGGAGGCCAUUACCGGAGAAGAUGGCACGCAUUUCGAACCCGAUUCGACCGAAAUGGAAGCACACAUGAAGAAGGGUGAAAAACGAGGCCGAAAGCGGCUGGAUCGGAGCAGCGACGGUGGGAGUCUUAGCGGCGGGUCGGCGAAGAAGCAAGCGAGGGGCGCUGUGGACGGCCAAGGGGUCGCCGACCUGUUAUCCCCCGACACGGUGCGCAAUCUGAACGACUAUUUAAGAGCCGGCACACGGGCAUUUGAAGCAAUGGCGCAGUAUCUGGAGCAGGAACGGCUGAAGAACGACUUGUCCAACAUGAACGUUUAGAUGCGUACCCCCGUAGUCGUAGUCAUGUUAGUUAUAUUAAAUAGUUCCACGUAUUAGUAGUAAUAGCGUUGCUCAGAUCGUUGAGGGAAUCCAGUUCAUCUGCCUGGCGGCUUCGACGUCGGCGAGGUCUAGGAUGGCCCACAUGUCGAGUACUCGUUGGCGCUCCGCCGUAGCGAUGGAGGUUCCGUUGGUGACGAGCAGUUCCAACGCUCUGGCAAACUCGUCCAAGAGCUCCAGGCCUCGAAAGCCUGGCACGGCCACAGGCUUGACCUGCUGGAUGUGGCGGAUCGACGUGCGUAGCACCACCAGCGUGCGCUCGACACUCCGCGCGGCCGCCGCCGUCCCGACGCUGAGCAUGGCGGGAGAUGCAUGAGGAACUAGGUCCAACAAGGCCUGGGCUGCCUCCAUCGAGGGCGUCUGCACCAGUCGAGAAGUGGACAUGUGCCACGCUUGACAGUACGACGAUUCAUCUGUCGUCGCGGUGUGGCUACGACACGUUAAAUGGGAAGCCACGCCAAAGUAGCCCAGGCCAACGCACGCCACGAUGGCUGCCACGACCACCAAUCGAGUCAAGAAUGCGAUGACGCGCCACAGAACAGACGACGUCGCGGGUUGUUUCGAUACACAACGUUGCAAAGUGGGCAGGUGGAGCUCGAGGGUCUUGACACUGAGCGCCCCGUACUUGGCUUUGAGCCGCCGGACCAACUCGUCUUCACGGCCAGCGUAUGACGACGCAAUGGCGCUGACGUCGUCAAGUUUGUCGGGUUGGUGCGUCUUGUACAAAUCUGUCAAGAGAUUCUGCAGGGUCAUGGGCAUGGGAGGGGGCGAUGGGGGAGACGACGACAGGUGCGCAGGGAGGGGCUGAGACACGGUGGUUUGGGGUGUAGUGGGCCUGCAGGUGCUGUUGUCUGUGGAGGGCGUGGGAGUAGUUGACUGUAAGUUGGAAGGCGCUACCACCGGUAGGGGGCUUGGAGGGCAGCUCUUCUGCGACGACGUUUGGUUUAGUUCAAACGGGUCGUGCAUGGUGUGCGAGGCAAGGGGGCGGGGUUUGUGCAGCCGAGGAGAUCGUGGUUUUUGGAACGCGUUGAUUGGUUCGUUGGGAGUGGCACGCGCAUCAUCUGCACUCAAUGGCGAAGGGUUUCUAUUGGUCGAUGGAGCGUUUGAAUAAGCCACCGACGACGGGACAUGGGCCGCGCGAUGGAGCACGUAAUCCUUGGGCGGUGCCCCAGCAGGAGGGGGUCGACAGUUGGGUGGUGGUCGUCGUCCGCCGUCCUCGUCGUUUCGCCCCCGACCAAGGCUUGACGAGAGCAACUGUUGGUCUGCGACAGGGGCUGCUGCGUAGCCCUGCUGGGAGGAAUCGCUUUGAAACGCCUCUGGUGCCAUCACAAACGGAACAGGAGCGGGGGUGGCAGCCACGUCACGUUGUUGCCGUGGCUUGGACGAUGUCAAUGCAUCGACCUGUCCUAGUCGAAUGGCGAGGGACUCGACGGCCGCCAAGCCAUAGCGAAUAUGCAAUUCUUGCACAAGCCGCUUGUCUCGGCCUUGGUACCGCCGCAUGAGCGUGUCGAUCGCUGGCAGACGCGACGUGUCAUGCUGGCUAAAGAACUCGACGAGCCAACCGCGGUACAUAUCGGGGGGGAUCGGGUGGGGUACGUUGCUGGGGCGAUCGGAUGUUUCAGACGUUUCUUGGAUGGU